CCCAAAACCAGCCCCUUGGUUUCGGCUUGAUUUGCACAUGAAAAUAUCUCGCUAACACUUCCCAAAAAGGAAACAAAAAAUAAACAAAUAAAAACCACAAAACCAUGGGUAGUUUUCAGACAGUCCCUUUGACGGCUCAAAACCAGCUGCUCUGUUAACUCUGUUUUGUAUAUUUACCCGUCAUCUCUUUCUCAUCCCUUUUGACUCUAAUCCAGAAACCGCUUCACAAAUACUCUUCAUCACCCAACGCUAAGCAAAUUGCAAAAGUCGAACCCGACGAAGAUACUAUAAUUAUAAAACUACUCCCUUUCUACGGAAGCGUCGAUUGAUCUAUUGGGUUUUUUGUUUCGUUUUUGGUCUUUUUGUAAAUGUAAAAUCUCGCUCUAAUUAAUUCACUUGUUGCCGAUUUUAGGAUUCGAACUAGAUGGAAUCUAAUGUAAUGUUUACUGGGUUUAGUCCCACAAUGCUAAGCCUCGAGACUCCCCAGAAUCCUCCAAACCCCGUGCAGUUUCAGCAUCCUCAUCCUCAUCCUUACACAGCCGCAAGCGAUCAGCAAACUCAUCAACAACCGAUGAAACCGUUAUACCCUUACGCAGCCAAGGCCAAACAGCUCUCACCAAUAAGCGUCGGCGGAGGAGGAGGAGGAGGAGAAGAAGACGACCGCGGGUCAGGCUCCGGAUCCGGGUGCCACCCGGAAGACAGCGCGGGAACCACCGACGGAAAACGAAAAAUCUCUCCGUGGCACCGCAUGAAAUGGACGGACACGAUGGUCCGGCUCCUGAUCAUGGCGGUAUUCUACAUCGGCGACGAGGCCGGUGGUGCGUUGGGAGGGGAUCAAACCGACGCGAAGAAGAAGAUCAUCACUGGGGGGAUGAUGCUGCAGAAGAAAGGGAAGUGGAAGUCCGUGUCGAGAGCCAUGGUGGAGAAAGGCUUCUCCGUGUCUCCGCAGCAGUGCGAGGACAAGUUCAACGACUUGAAUAAAAGGUAUAAAAGAGUCAACGAUAUUCUCGGGAGAGGGACCGCGUGCCACGUGGUGGAGAAUCAGGGGUUGUUAGAGGGGAUGGAUCAUCUCACGCCUAAGUUGAGAGAGGAGGUUAAGAAGCUGCUUAACUCUAAGCAUUUGUUUUUUAAGGAGAUGUGCGCUUAUCAUAAUAGCUGCGGGCAUUUAGACCAACCGGGGUUAAUGAAUCUGGUUCCGGUUCAGUCUAAACCGGAUUUUCAAAUGGCGAGGAUAGUGGAGAGAGAGGAGGAGGAGGAGUCUGAUAUGGCGGAGGAUUCGGAGACGGAGAUUGAGGAUACUGAUGAGGAGGAGGAGGAGGAGACGAGUAAGAAGCGGAGGGUGUCCGCGGCUGUGAAGAGGAUGAGAGAGGAGACGGCGCGUGUUUUGGAUGAUCCCGGGAAGAGCGCGUGGGAGAAGAAGGAGUGGAUGAGGAGGAAGGCGUUGGAGAUUGAGGAGAGGAAGGUCGGGUACGAGUGGGAGGCGGUGGAGAUGGAGAAGCAGAGGGUGAAGUGGGUAAGGUAUAGGAGCAAGAAGGAGAGGGAGAUGGAGAAGGCGAAGCUGGAGAAUCAGCGGAGGAGUCUUGAGACGGAGAGGAUGGUUCUGGUUCUGAGGCGGAGGGAGAUUGAGCUUACGGAGUUGCAGUUGGCGGGUAAACGGGUUGACCCGAGUUCGGCAACCGGGUGAGAUGAUUAGUGUUAGGAUUUUUUUGUGUGUGUUGGGGUUUGAUUUAUAUAAAAGUUUAUUAGUUUCAUAUCUGGAUGGUGCUUAGGAUUCUCACAUUUUCGACAUAAUCAACUCAUUAUAUAUGUUUUAAGUAAGCCAAAACGUAUUUAAAUGACUA